UGUUUGUUGAUCCUUUGUCUGACUCUUUUGCUAUUCCUUCUGGUCACGAUAUCCCUAGUACUUCAUCUAGUCAACCUAGUACAUCUUCUUCUGCUAACCCUUUACCAGGAACUAGAUCAAAACGUCAAACAAAAGCUCCUUCCUAUCUUGAUCAAUAUCAUUGUUUCCUUCUUAACAAAUUACCUUCUCUUCCAGUUCAUCCAACCCACACGACUUCUUAUCCCAUUUCUUCAUAUCUUUCUUAUGAUCGAUUUGAUGAUGACCAUAAAAACUUUCUUCUUUCUAUUUCCACUCACCAACUCCCUCGAACCUUCAAAGAAGCUAUGCUAUCAGAAGAGUUUCGUAAAUCAAUGAGAUCUGAGAUGGAUUCUUUGGAAGCUACUGGUACUUGGUCUGUCUGUGAACUGCCUCAAGGUAAAGAUUGGUCUACUACGUUUUCUCCUGUGGCUAAGAUUGGUACAUUCCGUCUUCUUAUGACGUUGGAUGCUGCAAAAGGGUGGUCUACUACUCAGCUGGAUGUCAGCAAUGCGUUUCUCAAAGGAGAUCUUGAUGAAGAAAUCUAUAUGCAUUUACCUCAAGGUUAUGAAGAGUUGACAGGAAAGAAGGUUCCUCCAAACUCGGUUUGUAAAUUGCACAAGUCGUUAUAUGGCUUGAAGCUGGCGUCUAGGCAAUGGAAUCACAAGCUUUCUGCAGUCAUUCUUGGUGAUGGAUUUACUCAGACGCAUUCAGACCAUUCGCUAUUCGUCAAAUACGUGAACAAGAAAUAUCUUGCUGUUCUUGUUUACGUCGAUGAUAUACUGAUUGUGGGAAAUGAUGACUCUGCUGUGGAUGCGUUCAAGGCCACACUAAACUCUGCCUUUAAGCUACGCGAUCUAGGUCCAGCUAAAUACUUCUUGGGGUUUGAGAUUUCUAGAACAGAAGCUGGUAUCUCGAUUAAUCAACGCAAGUAUGCCUUGGAGCUUAUUGAAGAAGCAGGCUUACUUGGUUGUAAACCGCUUUUCUGUUCCUAUGGAACCAAAUGCUAAACUUUCUACUACUAAUGGCUCUGCUUUACCUGAUGCUGCAGUAUACAGAAGACUUGUAGGACGCUUGUUAUAUCUUACUCACACGAGGCCAGAUAUAACAUACGCAGUCCACAAGCUCAGUCAGUUUAUGUCUCAUCCUACCGACAUUCAUCUUCAAGCAGCUUAUCGAGUCCUUCGUUAUCUCAAGGGUGAUCCAGCUCAAGGACUCUUCUACUCUGCUUCGUCUCCGAUGAAGCUUACAGCUUACUCCGAUGCCAAUUGGGCUGCUUGUCAAGAUACACGUCAAUCGAUAACAGGCUACUGCGUGUUCUUAGGAGAUUCUCUUAUUUCGUGGCGGUCAAAGAAGCAACAGACAGUGUCCAGGAGUAGCUCUGAAGCUGAAUAUCGAGCCAUGGCGGAUGCUACAUGCGAACUCAUUUGGUUAACCACUGUGUUAACCGAACUGCAUUGUCCACCAUGUGGUUCGUGAGCGCUUGAAGAGUGGCUUCUUGAAGACUCUCCAUGUCAAGUCUCAUCUUCAGCUUGCGGAUGUUCUUACCAAGGCUGUACAACCGAAUCUCUUUCGAAGUUUGAUAGACAAGAUGAGAAUACAUAGCUUAUGUCUUCCAUCUUGAGGGGAGGGUAUUA